AUGGUUUUAUCAUUUAUAUUAGUGCAGAACCGCCAGGGUAAGACGCGCCUGGCCAAGUGGUAUGCGCCUUACAGCGAUGAGGAGAAAGUGAAACUCAAGGGCGAGGUUCAUCGCCUUGUCGCCCCCAGAGAUCAGAAAUACCAGUCAAAUUUCGUCGAGUUCAAGCGGAGUACGAAGGUCGUGUAUCGAAGAUAUGCAGGGUUGUUCUUCUGUGUGUGCGUUGACGCAACGGACAAUGAGCUAGCGUACCUGGAGGCUAUACAUUUCUUUGUCGAGGUUCUGGAUCAGUUUUUUGGCAAUGUCUGUGAGCUGGACCUGGUCUUCAACUUCUACAAGGUUUAUGCGAUUCUCGAUGAGGUCUUUCUCGCAGGCGAAAUCGAAGAAACUAGCAAGCAGGUUGUGCUCACAAGGCUGGAGCACCUGGAUAAGCUAGAGUGA